CCGCACACAUGUGCUUCCCCCCUGCUCUCUCUCGCACCCUGCACUGGAUCCAUAGUGUCCUCUCUCUCCCUCUCUCUCCUCUGGCUCUAACUUAAGUCUUUUCUCUACUGGGAAAAAAGGCAACAUCUCAAGCAAGAAAACUUCUCAGAGGACGCUUCACAUCUCCUGCCUCUGAGAAAGACUCAGUAACUGCUUUAAAAGAUCAUCAUCAAAGAGAGCUUCUUUUCCUUCUCUACAAAAACUGCACAUAAAAAACUAAAAACAUGGAACUUCAGAAACUGUCAAAUGGACAUCACCAUGACUUUCAGCCUCUAGAAGAUGGACUGUCACCAGAACAAGAAGAGUUUUUACCACAUAAAAGCAAUGGGAAAAAAGUACCACAGUUUACUGAUUUUGAAGGGAAGACCUCAUUCGGGAUGUCUGUGUUUAACCUCAGUAACGCCAUCAUGGGCAGUGGAAUUCUGGGCCUAUCAUACGCCAUGUCCAACACCGGCAUUGUUCUCUUCCUAUUCCUGCUGACAUGUAUCGCUAUUCUCUCAUCCUACUCUAUUCAUCUCCUCCUGAGGAGCGCUGGAGUCGUGGGUAUUCGUGCAUAUGAGCAACUUGGCAACCGAGCAUUCGGACACCCUGGAAAAAUACUGGCUGCGGUUGUCAUAACAAUGCACAACAUUGGAGCAAUGUCCAGCUACCUCUUCAUUGUGAAGUACGAGUUACCUUUGGUCAUUCAAGCCUUUCUGGGUCUCACGCACAGUAGUGGGCAAUGGUUCCUGAAUGGAAACUACUUGAUCAUCAUCGUGUCUUUGUGUAUUAUUCUGCCACUCGCCCUGAUGAGGCAGCUUGGUUAUCUUGGAUACACCAGCGGUUUCUCUCUGACUUGUAUGGUGUUCUUCCUCAUUUCGGUUAUCUACAAGAAGUUUAACAUCCCCUGUCCUCUGGAGGCGUUCAAUAAUUACACCACAGUCAAUGUCACUCUGGAUGGGCAAUGCGAGAGCAAAUACUUCACUAUCAACCAGCAGACGGCUUACACGGUUCCCAUCUUGGCCUUUGCUUUCGUGUGCCAUCCUGAAGUCCUGCCAAUCUACACUGAGCUGCGCAACCCCACUAAGAGACGCAUGCAGACCAUUGGCAAUGUGUCCAUCCUUGCCAUGUUUGUAAUGUACCUCCUGACCGCCAUCUUUGGAUACCUCACUUUCUACGCCAACACAGAGGCUGAGCUGCUGCACACCUACAGUAAAGUGGACCCUCUGGACACUCUCAUCCUGUGCGUGAGACUGGCCGUGUUGGUGGCCGUCACACUGACUGUCCCUGUUGUGCUUUUCCCGAUUCGUCGAGCUCUGCUGCAGCUGCUGUUCCCUGAGAAGCCUUUCCACUGGCUGCGUCACAUCACCAUCGCUGUGUGCCUGCUCUUCCUCGUCAAUCUGCUCGUCAUCUUUGUGCCCAACAUUCGAGACAUCUUUGGCAUCAUUGGGGCAACCUCCGCACCAAGCCUGAUCUUCAUCCUCCCGGGCCUGUUCUACAUCCGUAUUGUUCCAAAAGACCAGGAACCAAUGAACUCAAGACCAAAAAUCCAGGCUGCCUGCUUUACAGCUCUUGGUUUCAUCUUCAUGUCCAUGAGCUUAACCUUCAUAGCCCUGGACUGGAUCACUGGGGAGAACCGCAGUGGAGGGGGACACUGAUUCCCAGCCACGAACAAAGGGGGUCCAAAACGCCUGCUCAGCAGAACACCAUCGAGCUGUCCUCUCCCAUCAAACCCGGUCUGGAGUUUGAGAGAACAGCAUUAAAAAACCAACCAAAAAAAAAACACACAGUCACUGAUAGGCUGGACCCGUCUCAUCUCUGGUCCCUCACCCCACUGAGUCAGGAGAGGGCCUGCUUUCCGCCAUAUUGAUAAAUUAGAAAGAGAAACAUGUCCUGUGGUGGAGGAUCUCAGCAGAUUACGACGCUGUCACUGUGUCCUCCUGUGGCAGUUGUCUCAGAUAGAACAUCCUGCAUACAGUCAUUUUCAAACAGUCAUUUGCUCUUACAGCAUCUGGAGACAAAUGGCAGAUACAUUUCUGCUGGAAAAUGCUGACAGAAUACAGUACCAAAUUCUAAAGGUUGUUGAGAAGCGGCUGUAAGAGAAAUGAAGAGAGGAGAGUCCAAAAAAGUAACUGGAUAGGCUUUUUUUAUUUGAAUGCAAACAGGAUUGCUUUUCUAACGCUAAACAACAAUUCUGUAACUUUGGCUGAACCCCUGUAAACUCAGCUUAAGCUGAACGAUGUCAUCGCUUAGAAAUGUGCCCUAUUUUUAUUUUUAUUGUAUUUUGAUCAGAUCAUAGCAUAGACUGUAUAUAAGAGUAGAGAGUGCAUGCCUGUUCACUCCUUCUGCAUCGUGCCAAGCCAAAAUAUGGUCAAAAUAGAAGCUGGCACUGAGUAGAGACUCAGUAAGUGACUCCAACUGCAAUUCUUAGUGACAAGCCAUUCGUUUUAUGACUAAAAUUAAUUUUAUUAGAAAUGAGAAAACAUGAUUAACACACAAUGACAAUAGACGACUCUAUCAACUGCCCACCAGGUUCAUAAGUACACCAAUAUGCCAUUUCUAGUAUUUCUAGUAAUACUGCCAUGGAAAAACCUCAUUACUACACUCCUAUGACCUCACAUAAUAACU